UGCAUCACUAUCUUUUCUUUUUUUACUCUCUUACAGGGUAAGGAGUAUGUGUUCGUUGCCAAUUCAGAUAACUUGGGUGCCCUAGUUGAUUUGAAAAUCUUAAAUCAUUUGAUCCAGAACAAGAAUGAAUACUGUAUGGAGGUGACUCCCAAGACAUUGGCUGAUGUGAAGGGUGGCACUCUUAUUUCUUAUGAAGGAAGGGUUCAGCUCCUGGAAAUUGCCCAAGUCCCAGAUGAACAUGUCAGUGAAUUUAAGUCGAUAGAGAAGUUCAAAAUUUUCAAUACAAAUAACUUAUGGGUGAACUUAAAAGCAAUUAAAAGGCUUGUUGAGGCUGAUGCUCUGAAGAUGGAGAUUAUUCCCAAUCCUAAGGAAGUUGAUGGAGUAAAAGUUGAUCUGAAGUUAAAGUUCCAGAAGGGUGGGAAGAAAAGGCGGUUUCCUUGGAUCCUGGAUGGAUGA